AUGACAGAACCAUCGACCUCAGCUGGGGCCAGAAAAGGAAGGUAUAGGCAGGACUCCCAAGAACAGACGAUUUUGAGAGAAGGACAGAAUGUCCAAGUGCAGCCACAGGCUUCUCAAAGCAAUCUGAUGGGGAUUCAGCAACAAACCUCUACUACCACCCGGCCAGCCGGAGGGUUUGAGCGUCUAAUCAUGCAAGACAAGCAACAAAAACCACAUCCACAUGCACACCCACAAGCCUCUCUAUCCAACCUGCCUCAACUCGGCACUGGUUUGACUCCGGACACGGUACGUCGAGGGCGGAAGUGGUUCAAAAUGGCCCUGCCCAGCUAUGAUCCAGCAACAAAGGCAAUAAAAGAAGACGUGAAAGAUACUCUCCUACCAGGCAGCAGAUCAUUCACAGAGAGGGAAACAUAUUCCUCCCUCCAUGGCCGCCGCACUGCAGGCUCUAAUCUUGACGUGAUAAUCGUGACCGAAUUCCUCAUCUACCCGAAAGAUCCCACGGUCCCUUUUCAGCGUGGAUUCGAAGACAGUAUUUCUCGCCGAUAUAAUGACGAGGUGCCGAUUGAGUAUCCACGGAUGACAAGAAAGGAGGAGAAGGUAUAUCCAGGGAUAACGAGCAAGUGGAGCUUAUUUGCCAGUCAUUGGUUUGUGAUGUGCCCCACAACUCGGGAACGCUCGAAGGUCAGACUAGUCUCACCACGAUUGAGCACCAGUACCAAUACCUCCUCUAACGAGCUCACGACCUCGCAUCCGCCGCCAUGGCACCAAGCAAUCCACAUAAUGUGGAGGCACCUGCACUCCAACUACACCGUCCAAACAGACUCCACCUGCAGGACGAGCAUUAACCUCAUCUAUGCAGAAAUCUACACCUCCUCCCAACUCAAGCAGAUCACAUCUGCCAUCCUCCAUUUCGAACCCGUCAUGUGCGUGCUAACAAACCAGCACCACCAUCACCACCAUCACCACGAAGAACCAAACCUCUGGAAGUCCCCUAUUCUCUUCCCGCAGCUGCGAGUACCCAAAAGGAAUUACCGUGACAACCCCCGCCUUGGAGCCCGGGAUCCUACCCCGCUAUCCCGCACCGAAUCCCUCGCCCUCAUCGCGUCCAGCGAGCCAAACCCUAAAUUAGGUUUGCCACGCUAUCUAAUCGACUUGCUUAACCCACCUUCCCAGGACAACCGGGAGUACCGCUGGGCCUUACAAGGCAUAGCGCAGUCCGGACUGAUCAGGCAUACUCAGCUUCCGGCCUGUGAGGAGAGCGAGGAUGCCAUUCGUUGGGCGGAAUUGACGGUCGCUUUCAUUCAGGGAGCGCUGGCUUGUCGGAUCCAGGAGUUGGAGAGGAUCAGGCCAGAUCAUGAGGGGUUGAGGGCGUUCAUGUCGGGCGUCAGGACGAGAUCGGAUGGUAGUGAGUGGAGGCGUGGGUCUGGGUAG